AUGCAGAAAUACCAGCUCCUGUGCAUUAUUUUCGUCACUUUUGGCUCCUUCUUCUACGGCUAUGACUCUGGAUGUACAACAUCGGUCUUGGGCUAUUCGUCCUUCAUCGAAUACUUCGACCUCAAUGCAACGACUAUCGGAGCCUUCGGAUCUGCCUACUAUGGCGGCGGUGCCGUUGGCUGUUUCCUCAAUUACUAUCUGCCUGACAAGUUUGGACGUCUACGGACCAUCCAGGCGUCCUGCGUCCUCGGGUUGAUCGGCUCUGCCAUGCAAGCUGGGGCGACCAACUUUCCUGUCUUCUGUACCGGACGUGUCAUCACUGGCAUCGCAACAGGAACCAUCUUUUCUGUGUGUCCGACAUACGCUUCAGAGAUAGCAACCCCAGAGAUCAGAGGGCGUGUUGGCUCGCUCUACGCGUUCAACGUCAACUUUGCAUACAUGCUGACCGAGUGGGUGGGUCUCGGUUUCUACUACAUCAAGGGCAACGCCGCAUGGCGCACUCUGCUGGGGCUCCAGCUCGCCCCGGCCGCUUUCAUGCUGGUUGCCUCGUUCUGGAUGCCCUUCUCGCCUCGGUGGCUGAUCAUGAAGGGACGAGAGGACGAGGCGCUGGAAGUGCUCCGGAAGCUGCACGAGGGCGUCGAGGGAUACGAAGAGGACUUUUACGUCAAGGAGUUCCACCAGAUCAAGACGCAGUACCAGAUCGACAAGGCCAACAAGCUCGGCCUCGUCGCCAUCUUCAAGAAAAAGUCGUACCGGAAACGCAUGUACCUGAUUCUGUUGUUUGUGAGCUUCUGCCAGUUCACCGGCAUCAUCCCGCUCCAGAACUAUCAGGUCACAAUCUACACGAAGCUGGGGUUCACCAAUGUCUUCAGUCUGAUCCUGACAGGUAUUUGGGGGACCUUGGGUUGCUUGUCGACGAUUACCGCCAGCCAAAUUGUCGACAGGCUGGGUCGACGACAUCUGAUGUUUGUGUCAUACAGCUUCAUGAUCCCCGGGGGCAUCCUGCUGGUGGCCCUCUGGGCCAGCUUCGAAGCCACGCACAGCACCAACUUCUCGCUGGGCAAGGCCGUCAUCUUCGGCAUGUUCUUCUACGGCUUCGGCUACGGCGGCUUCAUGAACACCUUCUUCCCCGUCUACUGCACCGAGAUCAUGCCGACCAACAUCCGCGCCACGGGCACCGCGAGUGGCUACGCGCUCUUCAACCUCAUCGUCAUCAUGCUGGUCCAGGUGACACCCAUGGCCAUCGAGGCCAUCAGCUGGAAGUAUUUCAUGAUCUUUGUCAUCUGCGACGUCGUCUUCAUCGUCAUCUUUAUCCUGUUUUACCCGGAGACCAAGAAUAAGACGUUGGAGGAGAUCAGUGCCAUCUUUGGCGAUGAGGUCGCCGAGACGCUCGAAGAGGCCGGCCAACAUGUCAGCGAAGUCCUGCACGAGCACGAGCAUGACCACGAAAAGGCCGCGCAUCACGUCGACCACGUCGCCGUCAAGAGUGCGUGA